AUGUGGCUUCUCCUCACCUUCUCCUUCCUGCUGGCGUCUGCAGGUGAGGAUGACAGUGACAAGGUGCGGAGGGGUGAGGACUGUGUGCCCCACUCCCAGCCAUGGCAGGUGGCCCUCUUUAAGCAUGGACGCUUCAACUGCGGUGCUUCCCCCAUCUCGCCGCAAUGGGUGCUGUCUGCAGCCCACUGCCAAACCCGCUUCCUGAGAGUGCGCUUGGGCGAAUACAAUCUGCGCAAGCGCGAUGGCCCGGAGCGACUGCGGACUGUUUCUCACAUCAUCCCACAUCCUCGAUACGAAGCGCGGAACCACCGCCACGACUUGAUGUUACUGCGUCUAACCCGACCCGUGCGUGUCACCGCCGAAGUGCGCCCGGUCCCGCUGCCCGCGCGCUGCCCCCAGGCCGGCGAGGCCUGCGUGGUGUCCGGCUGGGGCCUGGUGGCUAACAAGCAGCCUGGGGCCACAGGGAGCCCCGAGUCACAAGUGAGACUCCCGGAUACGUUGCACUGUGCCAACAUCAGCAUUAUCUCCACCGCGUCUUGUAACAAGGACUAUGCAGGGCACCUGAUGGACACCAUGGUGUGUGCGGGCGUGGAGGGCGGAGGCACCGACUCCUGUGAGGGCGACUCUGGGGGACCUUUGGUCUGUGGGGGUGUCCUGCAGGGCAUUGUGUCCUGGGGCGAUGUCCCCUGUGACACGACCACCAAGCCCGGUGUCUGUACCAAAGUCUGCAGCUACUUGGAGUGGGUCAAGGAAACCAUGAAGAGGAACUGA